AAAGCCCAUUAUUAUUUGUCAACUGUUAUAUUGGAACAACUCUCACAUUAUUUAAUACUUUUCUUUCAAAAUCCAAACCAAUUUGGCAAACAAAACAGAAUCAUGAACACGCACAAUUCCAUCACAGUGAAAAAGCAGAUCCUGGAUAUGACCAUCCAAUAUGGGGAUCAGCUGCAUGGGUUGUGGAUGCACAUCUUCGAGCCCAAUACCGUCAAUGAGUUCCUCCACCGGCUGAGGGACCAUGUGGAGACCUUCUACAUGGAUCUUCUAACCGAUUCCCAGGAGAAGCAGCAGACGAUCCUCGGCGAGAUUGCCGUCCUGCGGGCGGAGGCCAGUAGCCUCACAAGCCUGCUCCACAAGUCGACGGACAUCUACGAGCGGUCAAAUAACUCCCCCCUGGUCGUCCAGCAGAUGGAGCUGAACAAGAGCAUCGAGUACCUGCGCGAGGAGCUGGCCAGCCGACGAGCCGAGAUCUGUGAGUUGCUGCUGCAGCAGGAUCAGCUCUGUGAGGAACUGGACGAGGUUCCACAUACCCUGGCUGAAGAUCCUCUGCCACUGCCCGAGGAAGUGGACGCGUUCCGGGGUCACCUUGCGCAGCUGCGUGACCAGCGAGUGCAGCGUCUGAAGGAGAUUGGCCAGCUGCGUGAAAGCAUAUGGGCUGACAUGAAGACAUUAGAAGUGCUUCCCAUUACAGCAUCUGAGGUACAUCUACUGUGCAAGGAUAAUCAGUCCCCCAAACUCGAGGUCUUGACGCAGCUUCGCGACAUGCAGAAGGAAUACGCGCGACAAGUCCAGGAGCUACACGAUCAGAUUGAUACCAUGCGUCAGAAAAUUGAAUUAUUGUGGAAAAGACUCCCAGAUACCGAUGCUUUUAACAAGCAGCAGGUGCGAGAGGCCAAGGACUACACCCAGAGUACCUACGAUGUGCUCCUGGAGGAGCUGCACCGCUGCCAGGCCAUCCGCAGUAAGAACAUGAGGACCUACAUUGAACAGCUUCGUAGUGAAAUCAAAAUCUGGUGGGAGCUCACCCUGAAGAGCCCAGAGGAACGCACACUCUUCACCGCCUACUUCACCGAUUCCGAGAGCGAAGAUAUCCUGGAACUGCACGAGAUGGAGUUGGACGGCCUUAAGGACUUCUACAACAGCAACCAAAAGAUUUUCGAGCUCUACGCCCAUCGGGCAGAGCUGUGGUCGCGCAUGGAGGCACUGGUGGCCAAGGCGAACGAUCCAAAUCGAUUCAACAAUCGGGGUGGCCAGCUGCUUAAGGAGGAGAAGGAUCGUAAGGCCAUCUCGGCCAAGCUCCCCAAGAUUGAGCAACAGAUCACGGAGCUGGUGAAUGUCUAUGUGAGCCAGGCGAAUACGCCUUUCCUGGUAUACGGGGAGGACAUCCAUAAAAGCAUGGCUAUGGAGUGGGAGCAACUCCGUCAGGCCAAGCAGCAGCCCCCCGUUGGCAAAACACAGCUCUCCCGCUCGGUCAGCAAAAUUUUCCCACCAUCGGAGCCUCUCAAUCUGAAAUUACAAAAGAAGGAAACCUCGUCCUCAAUAAGGAAGUCACCUUCCAUUCAGCGUAAUGGAAACUCCCUGACGACCCUCGACAGACAAAAUUCCUGUACCGUCCAGUCGGUGAAUUCCCAACUAAAGCCACCGUUGCACAGGGACAAGUGAUCUGACAAGCCCAGUAGCGAUGCACAGGCGCUAUCCAGAGGGAGUACCGACCGGUCUGGAGGUUUCCUCGUCGUAGCCACUUAGGGUUCCUUUGGAGCUUAAUAUUUAUCUGUGUUUUCUACCUGAAGUCUACCUCUGGAAGCCCCUGAAUCAUCAUGAUUUAUAGACAGUUGAUAUAGAAAGCAUUUAUAGAUGUUACGACAUUAUAAUAAUUAUUGUUGGUAAAAUGUUC